UGGUCUAUGUGACGUCUGAUUUUACUGAUACCAUUGAUUUUUUUCUUCCAGGUAAGAACUGGGAGGAUUUCACGAAGCAACUGAUCUACUAUAUGAAUCUCAUGAGUUGGGAUUUUUAUGGAGGGAUCCACAGGACCAUCCUUUUAAAAAGAGAUCAAGCUAGGAGUUGACUGGAGAACAAUUCUAUGCUAGAAACGCCAUGGCGUUUGCAGCGUUGGCUCCAGAAGUGUCAUCGAGACGGCACUACAACCAAGGCCUUGAUUCUGCUCGCUGCAUAGUUCGAUCCAGGAUAUCGUUUCUCAAGCUUCGCCGAGUCAAUGCUAUUGCUCUGGAAGCAGCAGUGAAAGAAGAUCCGGAGCAGUUGUCCCCAUUGAUAACACCAAAACGAACUACAGACUUUCAAACACUUUUUCGGAGAUUUUGCAAAGUUGCUCAACCUUACUGGCUCGACUCCAAGGAGGGAAACCAGGCAAUCCUCCGGUUAGCGAGUGUUUUUGCUCUUACGCUUGCUUCCACGGGGACGAGCGUGGCAUUUAGCUACCUUGGAAGGAGUUUUAACAACGCCUUGACAAAUAAGAAUCGAGAGGAGUUUGUCAAGCACCUGAUCUAUUAUUUGGGGCUUAUGGUCGCAGCACUUCCGGUUUAUGUAAUCCGCGGAUACGCACGAGACACUCUUGCUCUUCGAUGGCGAGCUUGGAUGACGAAACGCUACAUGGCUCAGUAUUUUUCUCAGAGAUCCUACUAUAACAUUCAAUCUCUGGCACUCAUAGACAAUCCAGAUCAGAGAGUUGUGGACGAUAUCGGCUCGUUCACUCGCACGGCACUUAUAUUUACCAUGACUUUGUUCCAUUCCAUCACCGAUCUGGCGUCUUUCAGCGGAAUUCUAUACAGGAUUUAUCCACCACUGUUUGGUGUCUUGCUUGUUUACUCCAUUGGUGGCACUGGAAUUAGUUUCCUACUUGGAAAGGAUCUCAUGAACUUGAAUUUCGUCCAAGAAAAGAGUGAGGCAGAUUUUCGAUUUGGAUUGGUAAGAGUUCGAGAAUCUGCGGAGUCCAUCGCGUUUUAUGGGGGAGAAAAGGAUGAGCUUCAGUUGCUGCUGGAACGUUUUAAGCAAGCUUUUUCCAACUACAGUAAACUACUCAUAGCUUCGCGAAACCUAAGAUUUUUCCAAAUUUUUUACAACAACUUGAUCCAAAUCCUGCCCGCCGCCGUGGUGGCUCCGUUCUACUUUGCUGGAAAAGUCGACUUUGGGAUCGUCAGUCAGUCUUUCCAUGCUUUCAGCUCUGUUCUCUACGACCUCUCCUUGGUUGUGGACGAGUUUCAAUCGCUUAGUUCCUUCUCCGCGGUUGUAGAUCGCCUUGGUGAAUUCAGUGACAUAUUGGAUGAACAAGGCGUAAUGAAUGCUUCGGAGCUAAUCACCAUCAAAUCGAUCGAGACCACGGAAAGCGAGGAUGAUCGCUGGACAAAAUCUUCUGACCAGGUAACUGGCCCCAGUGGAAGUGGCAAGACAUCGUUCUUAAGAGCUAUCGCAGGACUAUGGAAAUCCGGGCAAGGAACCAUAGCAAGAAACUCUACCAUGGAUGUAUUCUUCGUGCCGCAAAAGCCAUACAUGACUCUUGGAACACUCCGGCAACAAUUGCUAUAUCCAACUUGGAGCACAGACGGGGAGAAAAAACACGAUCAAGAAUCCAAGCACAGCGAUACCGACUUGAUGGAAGUCUUGCGUAGAGUGAAGCUUGAACAGCUCCUGGAACGCUCGUUUCACUUGGAUGCGAAUGCCGACUGGUCCAGUGUCUUGUCACUGGGAGAGCAACAGCGCCUGGCUUUUGCUCGAUUGCUUCUAUCAAAACCAAAGCUUGCGCUCCUGGAUGAAGCAACCAGUGCCAUAGACGAAGCAACUGAGGCUUACUUGUAUCGACUUCUCCUAGAAUCGGGAACUUGUGUGAUGAGCGUUGGCCAUCGCAGCACGCUUCAUGAAUUCCACACGCACUUGCUCUUCUUUUCCCCGCAAAUCUCCGGGACGAGUAUCUCGGAGUGGUCAUUACACGACCUUCCUCAAAGAACCAGCUUUGAGUAGCAGUAGUUCUUCAUCCAUUGAAGUGAAUAAGUGGAACACU